CAAUUUAACGUUUAGUAUAAUACAACAAAAGAUUAUUUUAAUUUAUAGGUUUGGCACGGAGUCUUACUGCGAGUAGAAAGAUCAAACCGGCGACGUUGAAUCUCCUCAUCUUUCCUUAUUGCGUUUUCAGAUUCUUCUCGCACAAGAGGCAGGAAGGAGGUUUUCUCGUAUUUAUACGCGAGGCGGAGUGAUCGACGCGACGACGAGAGCGAGAUUCGACCGGUCCUCUUUUGUUAGUAAAUUUAAUUGGGCCCAGAGGAACAAAGGCGAAGCAAAAUUGAUAAGAGGGAGGACGGGAUUGUUCGACAUUCGGUCGGCCGGAACGAAUUCAAUUGGUCUUUGGGAAAACAACCGUAAAUGAAUAGAAAAGAAAAAUAAUCGAUUUUCAUUUGCUCCUAAUAAUGAAUUUACUUAAUUAAGUCCGACGGAUACAAAUUUUCACGGCCAAAUCGAAUCUUAUUAAAUUUAGAACGUUGCAUGAAAUUAGAUACAUAAUUACCGAAUAUUUAAGAAGAGGAUAAAAAGUAUUUGCGCGGGUGAUAAAUUUUCAAUUUUCCAUCAUCGUUAACACGGCCAUUGUGGUAAUUGCAAUUAGGCGAAGAACAAUGGGUCGUAACUUUUAUGGGCCAUUUACUGAAGGUUUCCCCGGUAUAAAGGCGACCGCGCGGAUGGUCCUGAGGUAGAGCCAAGAUGUUCGUCAAGAGUCUCCUGAAGGCUUUCCUGCUGGUGGUUUUCAUCGGCACGGCGGUAUUCGCCGAAGAGGAGACACCGGUCGUUGCUGAAACCGUGACGGAGACGCCGCUAUCUCCAGAAAUUGACGAAAAAGUAGAGUCGAUUGUGGAGAACGUAGUGGAGACCAUCAUCGAGGAGGAUGCCGCGGCCAAAGCGAACGCGACGGAGGCGGGCGCAACGGGAGGCGGCGUAAACAGGAAAGCGAUUCAGGCGGCGAUUCAGCGGUGUCUGCAGACCGUUGACACUUUGAAUCCCGACACCAAUCAAGAGGUCCGUGCGGACGCGAGGGGGAUGCAUGUCGGCAACAGCGGCAAAUCAAAUCUGGAGGUGAUCGCCGAGAAAUUACAGAAGCUUCUACUUAACACCAGGAAUAAGAAGAAGCGAAAGAUCAUCAAGAAGGUCCUUAAUCAAGCGCGAAACAUGAUUAGAAACAAGACCAAUCAAAACCAAAUAAAUAUUACAAUUUAGUGAUGAAAUUAAU